CAAGAGUCCGUUUAUUUCACAAUUUCGCUGCUACCUCUCCACCACUUCUCUUCCCUGCGCCUCCCCCCUUCGCUCGUCCAUCCGCCGUGGCGGUUGCUAUCUCGGAGGCCGUCCGCGUCGUCACCACCCCCUCCGCUCCUAUCUCCGUCACCGGCACCCUCUCCGAGGCCAGUUUCCAAGCACACCUUCAUCUCCACAGUCUCCUCCAAGCUCCGACACCGAAUUGAAUUUUUAGGGUUUGUCAAUCCCCUCCUCAUCCCAAUUCAAUUUCUCAGUUACAGUACCUUUCACCCUAACAAUUUCCCUUUUUCCUCUUCCACUUGCAUCAGUGUCUGUGAAUUUGCGAGUGUUGAGUAGCAGAGAGAGAUGAACCCAUUAACCCUAGUGAAGCGAAUCCAGAACAUCAAUUCAAAGGAAGCAGCACUUGGCAUCGGUGAAGAAGCUUCAUGGCACGCCAAGUACAAAGAUUCAGCUUAUGUGUUCAUUGGUGGCAUUCCCUUUGAUCUCACUGAGGGUGAUCUCCUCGCUGUUUUUGCUCAAUAUGGAGAGGUUGUUGAUGUUAAUCUUGUGAGGGACAAAGGUACUGGCAAAUCAUUGGGUUAUGCUUUCCUUGCAUAUGAAGAUCAAAGAAGCACAAAUCUUGCUGUGGAUAAUCUAAAUGGAGCACAGAUUUUAGGUAGAAUUAUUAGGGUGGAUCAUCGUGAUAAGUAUACGAAGAAGGAAGAGGAAGAUGAAGAGACAGAGAAGCAGAAUCGGGAGGCACGCGGUGUUUGCCGACAAUUCCAAAGAGGUGAAUGUACUCGUGGUGCUAGCUGCAAAUUUUCUCACGAUGAGCAAAGAGCUGCAAACACUGGUUGGGGUCGUGAAGAGGACAAUCCAAAAUGGGGUCAUGACAAAUUUGAGGGUCCUAAAAAAGAAAGAAGACCUGGCAACAACCAAUCAAAUCGUAUUGGAGAAACUAUAGACAGAGAUUCACGCUCCAGAGCACAGAGUGAGAUGGGAUUAGACUACCAACCCAAGAAAAGUGAUAGAAGAGAUGAGAAAGUGUCGCAGAGGCAUGAUGGUGAUGAUAAAUUUGAGGGAAGAGAAAAUAACAGUAGAAGAGAAGAAAAGAGAUCAAGAAGGCAUGGAGAUGAUGAAUUUGAACACAUACCAAGAGAAGAUCGAUAUAGGAGAGAUGACAAAAGAGCAAAAAGGAAUGGUUAUGAUGGUAUGGAACCUGAGCCAAGAGAUCAUCAUAGAAGGGAAGCCAAGAGGUCAACAAAUCCAGAUGAUGCUGAGUUUGAGCCCCAGUCUAGAGAUUCUGAUAUAAGGGAAGAGAAAAGAUCCAGGAGGCAUGAUGAUGAUGAUUUUGGAAGUAAGUCACGACAAACUCAUAGUAACAGGGAAGAUAGGAGACCGAGAAAGCACACUGAAGAUGAAUCUGCAGCAAGGUCAAGAGGAGAUUAUGAUAGGAAGCAAGAUAACAGAUCAUAUAGAGAUGAUACUGAUCGAUCAGAACCAAAAGCAAGAUACGGUUAUGACAGGAGAGAAGAGAAGAGGUCGAGUAGGUGAGGUCUGGGGUUUUUUUUUUGGUUAAGCCAAAUAUAUAUUAAUAUAUUUGGUCUGGGUCUGGGUAUGUGCCUCUCAUUCCUCCUCUGUUGUGGAGAGAAAUGAGUAUUGGAGUAAGUUGAAUAUUUUUUUAUAACCUGUAAUGUGACUCUUUGCUUGUAAUACUUACAUUUCUCUGUGAAAACAGGAACAAUUUUCCUUUUGGAAUGGUGAGUUUGAUACA